AUGUUCUCCCGCGUCCUCAAGUCCACCAACUCGGGAAAUCCCACACCACCGAGUAAGGAACCCCCUACGACCCCGUCAAAGACCCGCUCGGGCCACGCACAUACCAAGAGCCAGAGCCAGUCUUCUACCGCUGUUCCGCCGUCGCCUUCCCGGAUCCCGGUACCGACGACUCCGUCGAGUCGGUCUGGGAUGGACAGGGCUGGUCGGGAUGGGUACGCCAAGGAGAAUGUACGUACCGCCCCGCCUCCGCCCUCGCCGCACGGUGAUCGGUCCAGCUACCUCUCCUUCCUCUUCCCGCAGCAACAGCAACAGCAAGCGGCUGUCUCGGCCCCUGGCACCCCUGUCAAAGUGAACAAGGUCGCCCAGCCUACGAUCCCGCACAACCCCACAACGGUCUCGCACACCCAGCAGCCGCAGCUGCAGUACGGUGCGGACGAAGAUGUCCACAUGCAGACUAUGCGGGGCACUAUUGAUCCGCGCAUGCUCAAGGGGAUGCCGCCUGGUGGUGCCGGGGGGGCAAUGCGGUAUAACCCGCUCGAGAGGGUGCAGGAGGACGUGCAUAUGAAGACGGUCGCGAGGGAGCCGGCGCCGCCUCCGAAGGAGCGGGUGAUGCAGCCUUGGGAGAGGGAGCUGUUGGAUAAGGCGGAAACGAAGCGGAAGGCGACGGUGGCGCAGAUCUAUUUCCUGGAUUACUACUUCGACCUGCUCGGAUAUCUCUCGGCUAGGAAGAAGCGGCUCGAGACUUUCAAAGUGGAUACCGCCGAGCGUAACGUGACCGGCUCAGACUACAACCGCGAGCUCGCCUCGUACAACGGCCGCGAGCGCGUCGUCCUCCGAAAACGGCGAACCAAGCUCCGGGUAGAGCAUUUCCGCAUCAUCGCGCAGGUCGGACAAGGCGGGUACGGCUCGGUCUACCUCGCGCGGAAGAAUGAUUCCAACGAGGUGUGCGCGCUCAAAAAGAUGCGGAAAGGCACGUUGGCCAAGAUGGACGAGGUGAAGCAUGUAUUGGUGGAGAGGGAUAUUCUGACGGCGGUCAAGACGCCGUGGUUGGUCCGUCUGCUUUAUGCGUUCCAGGAUAGGGAGCAUGUGUAUCUUGCUAUGGAGUAUGUCCCAGGUGGAGAUUUCCGGACUUUGCUCAAUAAUUCUGGCGUGCUCAAGGAGGAACAUGCCCGCUUUUACGCCGCAGAGAUGUUUAUGGGGGUGAAUGAGCUGCACAAGCUGGGGUAUAUCCACCGAGACUUGAAGCCCGAGAACUUCUUGGUUGACGGGACUGGGCAUGUCAAGUUGACAGACUUUGGACUGGCGACUGGGGCUUUGAACCCGCUUAGGAUCGACUCUAUGAAGAACAAGCUUGACCAAGUCAAGGAUCAAGACCUCAUCUUCCGCUCUACGCUCGAGAGGCGGACAAUGUACCGCUCUAUGCGGAUGGCGGAGCCACGAUAUGCCGACUCGGUCGUAGGAAGCCCGGACUACAUGCCUCCAGAGGUCCUGCGCGGCAAGACAUACACCUACUCGGCGGAUUACUGGUCUCUCGGCUGUAUCCUGUUCGAGUUCCUCUGCGGCUUCCCGCCAUUCUCCGGUCACACGCCGGAAGAGACCUGGGCCAACCUCAAGAACUGGCACAAGGUCCUCCGGCGGCCGGUGUAUGAUCGUCCCGAGGACCUCAUCUUUAACCUGAGCGAUAUCGCCUGGGACGCUGUGAUUCGGCUCAUCGCACACCCCAAAGACCGCCUCUCGGCCCUCCCCGACGUCCAAUCCCUCCCCUUCUUCACCCCCAUCCCCUUCUCCUCGCUGCGCGCCCGCGACCCACCCUUCGUCCCCAUGCUCGACGGCGAAACGGAUGUCGGCUACUUUGACUCGUUCGAGUCCGAGGCGGACAUGGCCAAGUAUGCCGAGGUGUUCAAGAAGCAGAGGGACGUGGCGGCUGUGGAGGAGAAGGGAGGGAAGGCGGGGAGGAAUAAUUGGGUCGGCUUCACGUUUGGACGGCAUGUCAAUGCGGUGCCGAUGCCGCCGAGGGGACCCAAGCCGGAAGGCGAGCCGCUCCAGACCAUCUUCUAG